AUGACUGACCCUACCGCUGCUGCUACUGAAGGCAUUGCUACCCUCUCAGUCUCAGAUACUGCUCCUGCUACCACCACCCCUGCUGCUGCUGCUGCUGCUGCUGCUCCUCCUCCUCCUACUGCUCCUACAGACGACGAGGAAAUCUCUGAAGAAGCCAUUGCUGCUGUCCGUGCACAAGCCAAAAUCAACACUGCCAAGGCUGCCACAGUCCCUGCUCCUCCUUCUAAAAUAGACUUGGCCGCAGCAAACGUCCCAGAACCUCCAUUUGUCGCUAAAAACUAUCUCUCCAAGUUCCGCCUAGACGGAAAAGUCGCAGUCGUCACAGGUGGUGCCCGAGGCCUGGGGUUUUGCAUGGCUGAAGGCCUGUGCUCUGCAGGCCUCGCAGGUGUCGCUAUUCUUGACGUCCAACAAGACUUGGGUCUCGAUGCUAUUGCUAAACUGCACAAGGCCUACGGAGUCAAGGCCCAGUUCUAUAAGGUGGAUGUCCGAGACGAACACUCUGUUGGUGACGUCAUUGACUCGAUUGUGAGAGACCUUGGCCGUAUCGACAUUCUCGUCAAUUCGGCCGGUGUUGCAGACUUGACCCAUGCAGAGGACUACCCCCCAGAAAAGUUCCGUAGAGUCAUUGACAUUAACCUUAACGGCUCUUUUCUUGUAGCACAGGCUGUUGGCAAGCACAUGAUUGCUCAAGGCUCGGGCGGUUCCAUUGUUUUUAUUGCCUCCAUGUCGGGUUCCAUUGUUAACUGGCCCCAGCCCCAAUGUGCCUACAAUGCUUCCAAGGCUGGUGUACGCCACCUGUGCAAGUCGCUGGCUGCAGAAUGGGCCGUCCAUCGGAUCCGUUGCAACUCCAUUUCACCAGGAUAUAUGGAUACCGCGUUGAACCGUGCUUAUACUACGCUUUUCAAUGAGUGGAAGGAGCGCACCCCUCUUGGCCGUCUCGGUGACCCAGACGAACUUAGUGGGGCUGCCAUUUGGCUUGCUUCGGAGGCGUCUGCAUUUUGCACGGGCUCGGAUAUUAUUAUUGAUGGUGGUUACACUGUCAUAUAA